AAAGCGACCUUCAACAAACAAUCGCGUAGAUACCGGUUACAGAGCGGAGUUAAGAAGGGAGACGUGUCACUGACCAUCAUCAACUUAACGGAGGAAGACUCCGGGAUCUACGGAUGCAGGGUGGAGAUUCCAGGCUUGUUUAACGACAAGAAGCUAAACUUUAACUUGACUGUUGUAAAAGAUCAAGGGAAAACGCAGAUUAAAACCAACUACCAACUACCAAUCACUACCACCAAAUCAAGAGCAGCCAGCUUCACAGAGCCUUCUCUCCUGAACGUGACACAGGCCAGGGAAGUGCAGCCGUCCUGCUCAAACCAGACCCACUUUCAGAGCCAAGAGGAAGACCACAGGCCCCGCCUCCCUGCUGCCAUCUUACUGCCUCUUCUCUUACUGCUCCUUCUGGCAGCCAUUUUACUCUUCAUGAUGUGGCUCAAAAUACAAAAAGGUCUGCUCGUUCCAAAGGAACCGAGCAGCAGCGCCUCCUCCAUCUUCUACGUGAAUUCCGUCUCAACGCUUCAGAAGGCAGGGAGGGAGACUGCGGUGGAGAAUCUCUACCAGUUCGACGCUGCAGAAGCACACCCCUGA